CCCGCGCGGGCCCGGGCCACCACCUCCGGAGGUGCGGCAGCCGCGGGAGGCGUCCGCGACAAGAUGAAGCUCAUCAUCUUGGACCACUAUUCUCAGGCUAGCGAGUGGGCGGCCAAGUACAUCAGGAACCGCAUCAUCCAAUUUAACCCAGGGCCAGACAAGUACUUCACCCUGGGGCUCCCUACUGGGAGCACCCCACUUGGCUGCUAUAAGAAGCUGAUUGAGUACUAUAAGAAUGGCGAUCUGUCUUUUAAGUAUGUGAAGACCUUCAACAUGGAUGAGUAUGUGGGCCUUCCUCGAGAUCACCCAGAGAGUUACCACUCCUUCAUGUGGAACAACUUCUUCAAGCAUAUUGACAUCCACCCAGAAAACACCCACAUUCUGGAUGGGAAUGCAGCUGACCUACAGGCUGAAUGUGAUGCCUUUGAAGAGAAGAUCAAGGCUGCCGGUGGGAUCGAGCUAUUUGUUGGAGGGAUUGGCCCCGAUGGACACAUAGCCUUCAAUGAGCCAGGCUCUAGCCUAGUGUCCAGGACCCGUGUAAAGACACUGGCCAUGGACACCAUCCUGGCAAAUGCCAGGUUCUUUGAUGGAGAGCUGGCCAACGUGCCCACCAUGGCCCUGACAGUGGGUGUGGGCACUGUCAUGGAUGCUAGAGAGGUGAUGAUCCUCAUCACAGGUGCUCACAAGGCGUUUGCUCUGUACAAGGCCAUCGAGGAGGGAGUGAACCACAUGUGGACUGUGUCUGCCUUCCAGCAGCAUCCCUGUACUGUGUUUGUGUGUGAUGAAGAUGCCACCUUGGAGCUGAAAGUGAAGACUGUCAAGUAUUUCAAAGGCUUAAUGCUUGUUCAUAACAAGUUGGUGGACCCCCUGUACAGUAUCAAAGAGAAAGAAAUUGAGAAGAGCCAGUCUUCUAAGAAACCAUACAGCGAUUAGCCUGUGCCAGGACCUAGAAUCAAGUACCUCAUGGGGACAGUGGAGUCUUUCUGGAAAUUGUCUUUAGGAGAACGGAAUUGUAUUUCUUUAAUCUAAUACGGUUACUUCAGAUAAGUGGAUGAAACUCUUGUUCUUGACUUUGAGGAUAGGAGCCUAGUCAUGAAGUUUAGCUAUAGGGGAAUGAUUAUUUGUAACUUAAUCAGAAACAUUUUUU